GGUCACCCUGGUGUUUUGGUGCCUUUCAAGUGUGACUUGACGAAAGAGGAGGAGAUUCUGUCCAUGUUCGCAGCGAUCAAAGAGCAGCAGAAAGGCGUGGACGUGUGCAUCAACAAUGCUGGUCUGGGUCACCCAGAACGCCUGCUAAAUGGCAAAACCGGCAGCUGGAAGAACAUCAUUGAUGUGAACGUUCUUGCUCUGAGCAUCUGCACACGUGAAGCUUAUCAGUCAAUGAAAGAGAGAAACGUGGAUGAUGGGCACAUCAUAAACAUAAACAGCUUGUGUGGACAUAAAGUCAUUCCUUUUGCUGAUCUACAUUUCUACACUGCCACAAAGUAUGCUGUAACUGCUCUGACUGAGGGCCUGAGACAGGAGCUGCGUGCUGAAAACACCCAUAUCCGAGCCACAAGCAUUUCUCCUGGUUUAGUGGCCACAGAAUUUAUAUCACGGGCCAGCACCAACAAUCCUGAUCAAGUGGCUGGCAUAUAUGCUGCAUAUAAGGCUCUGCAAGCAAAAGACAUUGCCAGUGCUGUCACGUACGUCCUCAGUGCCCCUCCUCAUGUUCAGAUUGGAGAACUUGUGGUUGAACCUAUAUAGCAGGUGUCAUUGCAGCUUUUGUUGCCCCAGCAACCCCAGGACCAGGCUAGUCUUCACAUUAAAGUGGUGUGAUUGACUCACAGCAAAAUCAAUUCACAGAAUAUGGAAAGAAUGGAAAUUUGUCCAAGUGUUAACUGUCUUCUUAAAAAUGCUGGAACAUGAUAGAUUUCCUCUGCCGCACUGUGACCAACCUUAUGACACUCUGUGAGGAUGUUACCAUCACUGUGUGUUUUUAGUGUCUUUGAGAAGUUGCAUGAUGUGACCCUCUUGUCAGAAUCAUCCAAAUCAGAAACUUGAAGCUGAAACUCAUCAAAAUGAAGAAGUGCUGAAACGAAUAAAUAAAUGAGAAUAAAUAAAUGAGAGAAAAAGACAUGAAAUAA